AUGCGUCUUUUGUUGCAAGAUCUCGAUCGAUCUACUGUCGAUGAUUUAGUUCAUCAAUAUACCCCGUCAGUGGUAAGAUGUAUGGAAGAAGUUUUGGACGCUUUGGAGAACAUGGCUAUGGAUACCAAGUCGAGGGAGCCAUCUCCUCGUCAAACUUGCGACGUGCUUUCAAAGAUAUACCAGCUUAAACGAAGGACACCAGGGCUUACUGCUGUUCUGAUCUUACUCGCAGAUAAGAAGGCACAACAGAAAUAUGUAUGGGGCACCAUUGCUGUUGGUGGUAUCAGUACUCUCGUUGUCGGGGGCAUUCUAUUCUGUGUCGCACCCGUUGCGGCCACGGCCGCGGCCCUUGCUGGGUCAGCUAUGGGCAGUACAAGCGUUGGUGUCGCAGGCGGGACUGCCGCGGUAGCUGAAACUGAUACUCUAACAGCCACUCAAGCAGCAUUAUCGUCUGGAGCCGCUUUUACAACUAUGGCAGGUGGUGCUGCAAUCGGAGCCGGAUCUUCUAUUACUUUCAUCAAAUUUCUCGAAAAGGCGGAGUCACAGAACAAUAUCGAUGAAGAUCAAGUGACUGAGAUUGUGAAGAACCUGUAUGGUCGCCGACCAACACAAAUAGCGAAAAAGCACUAUCGAGCAACAUUCUUACACGUACUGGUCAGAGAACUGGCAAAUGAUUGUCGCAAGGUCAUUGUACGGCUACGAAAACUUGGAUAUGCUCGUCUGGAAGAUAUGGAAUGGACGUCAAAGCCCCUGAUUACUUUUGAGGAGAGUACGAUGUCGUUUUAA